UGGAUUCUAGCCACUUUGACAUUACAGUUGGAGACGGAUUCUGGCGCGCAUUUUGUCAAACGAAAAACAUACAGCCGAUUUGUUAGUUACUAGUUUCCAUAAAAAAACUUGCGUUUUUGGCAUUAUUAUCGUUUACAAAUUAUUCCUUGGACAAUUGGUGAAAUAAUCAAAGUGAAACAUAUUCGUCUGGAUAAAGAAUUAUCAACAUAGCACUGCAAUCGUGAUAAUUUAUCGACAACGUUUACAAUAAUGGAGAAGAGAAUAGAACUAGAAAAACGAGGCCGGCCUUCAAAUCAGAUCACAGAUUUAAAUUUGGACAACUGUCGGAGCACAAAUAUCGUGGGUCUAACAGAUGAAUUCACUGCAUUAGAAACACUUAGUUUGAUAAACGUGGGAUUGACAACACUAAAAGGUUUUCCAAAGCUACCAAAACUAAAGAAAUUGGAACUCUCGGACAACAGAAUUUCGUCUGGUUUGAGUAAUUUGACCACAAGUGCGCCAGAGCUAACUCACCUCAAUUUAUCUGGCAACAAAAUCAAAGAUUUGGAAGAAUUGAAACCAUUGGAAAACUUUAAGCAUCUAGAUUCGCUAGAUCUAUUCAACAAUGAAGCCACAUCAAUGGACAGCUAUCGGGAGAAAAUUUUCGCAUUAAUUCCAUCGCUAAAAUUCUUGGACGGAUAUGACGCCGAAGAGCGUGAAGCCCAGUCGGACGGAGAAGAUGAUGACGAGCUGAAUGGAAAUGACUCUGAAGAUGACGGAGAUGAUAUCGAAAUCGGCGAUGAGGAAGACGAUGAUGAUGACGUCGAUGAAGAGGAAGACGACGAUGAUGAUGAAGAUAACGGGGAUGUGUCUUUAGCUGACGUAUAUAACGACGAUCUCGAUGAAGACAAUUCUGAUUAUGUCGAAGAGGGUGAAGGAGAUGACGAUGACGAUAUUGAUUCCGACGAAGACGAGGCCAAUGAAAGUGCUACCGGUCAACCACAAGAGCCUGCUGCAGAAGAAUCACCUGCGAGAGGAAAAAAGAGAAAGCAUGAUGGUUAAUGACACUUUUUUCACAUAUUUUUUUUUACAUUAAUUGAACACAUUUUUCAAAAUCAAAACAAAGACGAAGAACCAACAGUAAUUUCGCAUUUCACACAACGUAUAUAUAAUCCAUUUUACAGGUUGAUUUUGUCAACACAAUUAAUUAAAUUCCGAAUGAUUCUAUACCGCGGCGUAUAUUAUUAAAAA